CUUCUUUUUAUAACUCGGCUCUAUUCCCCCCAGCACUCGACCGUGUGAAAACCAGGCCUAUGCAGCCACACAAUUGGUCCGAAAGCGUUCAAAGAGCCAAUCAACAAGCUCGGGCUCCCGCAGCCCACAGCGCAGCUCGACCGUCCAGAGCCGCCGAGCAGACGCCCGGGGAAUUCUAGAGGCGGAGGAGGGUGGCGAGGAAAGUGAUUUCGCUCACGUUUUUUAGCACAAGGAAGACAGCGAGUCCCCGAGGUAGACAGAUCGCAGGAACCAUUUUGGAUCGCACCCAGACACUGCGCGCAGCUCGGAGCCAGAGAGAAGAGUAGGAGCGCGAACCGAAGCCAGCUUCGCAGUUUUGAUAACGUCGCUGGAAGGGGCUUAAAUCAGUUUUUUUUAAAGGAGAGACUUUUCCUCCCCCCCUUGAUCUCGCUCCCAGUGAAAGCAAGAAUCUUUCUAGCUCAUCUAAGACGCCUCCUGCGAUGAAAGCCAGAGAAGGAAGCUAGGGGGCGGGGGAAGGAGACGAAAAAAGGUUUAAAAAAAAAAAGUCUCGGAGAACCUUGCGCUUUGGCAACAAAGAGCGUGGGAGCCGGGGAGCCACCCCGGGGAAAAGGCUGUGUGUUCUAUUUUCCAGCUAAGCCACAGGCUCGGGCGCCAGUCGAGCCCCUGCUUGAGGCUCGCCCUACUGAAAACCGACUUCCAGGAGCGGCUUUUCAAACAUACUACACUCGCACCAGGACAAGCCCCUGCAGCGGCUAUGUCUCCCGGUCUGUCGGCCGUGCCCUCUUUAAAAGCCGCAUUCUUCCCUCAAAGAUACUUUCCCCCUUCCCUUUCAAGGCUUUAAUUGUAAUUGGUUCCUCUUUUUAUUUAAAGCAAAACUAUGCGUUGCUAUUGAAUUUUUUUAUUGUUUUUGAAAAGCACAAACAAAAGCAGAGCCAAGCCAGCAGCUGCGGACUGGUUCCCUGUCUGGAGUGGAUGAGCCUCUCCAUGAGAGAUCCGGUUAUCCCUGGGACAAGCAUGGCCUAUCAUCCGUUCCUACCUCACCGGGCGCCAGACUUCGCCAUGAGCGCGGUACUGGGCCACCAGCCGCCUUUCUUCCCCGCGCUAACGCUGCCUCCCAACGGCGCCGCGGCGCUCUCCCUGCCCGGAGCCCUGGCCAAGCCCAUCAUGGAUCAGUGGGGGUGGGCCGCUGAGACCGGCAUUCCUUUCUCAUCCUUGGGACCCCAGGCUCACCUGAGGCCUCUGAAGACCAUGGAACCCGAAGAGGACGUGGAAGAUGACCCCAAGGUGCACCUGGCCAAGGAACUUUGGGACCAGUUUCACAAACGGGGUACAGAGAUGGUCAUUACGAAGUCGGGAAGGCGAAUGUUCCCUCCAUUUAAAGUGAGGUGCUCUGGGCUGGAUAAAAAGGCCAAGUAUAUUUUAUUGAUGGACAUUAUAGCUGCUGACGACUGUCGAUACAAAUUUCACAAUUCUCGGUGGAUGGUGGCCGGUAAGGCAGACCCUGAAAUGCCAAAGAGAAUGUACAUACACCCGGACAGCCCCGCUACGGGAGAGCAGUGGAUGUCCAAAGUCGUCACUUUCCACAAACUGAAACUCACCAACAACAUAUCGGAUAAACACGGAUUUACUUUGGCCUUCCCAAGCGAUCACGCAGCGUGGCAGGGGAAUUAUAGUUUUUGGGACCCAGGUAGGCUAGGGUUCAAGACCAUACUCACUAACUCUAUGCAUAAGUACCAGCCCCGGUUCCACAUCGUCAGAGCCAAUGAUAUCUUAAAACUGCCUUACAGUACAUUUCGCACAUACCUGUUCCCCGGAAACGGAAUUCAUUGCGUGACUGCCUACCAAAAUGACAAGGUAACCCAAGUUAAAAUAGACAACAACCCUUUUGGCAAAAGGUUUCGGGACACCGGGAACGGCAGGAGAGAAAAGAAGCAGCUCACCCUGCAGUCUAUGAGGGUAUUCGAUGAGAGACACAAGAAGGAAACAGGGACUUCAGAUGAGUCCUCCAGCGAGCAGGCAGCCUUCAACUGCUUCGCCCAGGCCUCCUCUCCGGCUGUGUCCACUGUAUGGACAUCCAACCUCAAAGAUCUGUGUCCCAGUGAAGCCGAAAGUGACGCCGAGGCCGAAAGCAAGGAGGAGCAUGGCCCUGAGGCCUGUGACGCCGCGAAGAUUUCCACCACCACCGCUGAGGAGCCAGGCCGAGACAAGGGCAGCCCGGCCACCAGGGCUCAGUUGUUCCCUGCGGAACCCGGCCCCGAGCCCCGAGACACCGCGCGCCUGGACAAGGCAUCGCCGGAUUCGCGCCACAGCCCGGCCACCAUCUCAUCCAGCACGCGCGUCCCGGGGGCCGAGGAACGCAGGAGCCCCGGACGCGAGGGUCCAGGUGCCGCUAAGGUGGAUGAGGUUCGCUCGCUGCCCGCCAAGGACGCCUUCGCGCCACUGUCAGUGCAGACGGACGCGGCCCCGCGCACCUGGCGCAGGGGCCCCCUUCCAGGCUUGGGCUUCGCCCCAGGCCUAGCCGGCCAGCAGUUCUUCAACGGGCAACCUCUCUUCUUGCACCCCAGCCAGUUCGCCAUGGGCAGCGCCUUCUCCAGCAUGGCUGCAGGCAUGGGGCCCCUGCUGGACACAGUAUCCGGGGCAUCCACCGGCGUCUCAGGCCUGGAUUCCACAGCCAUGGCCUCAGCUGCCGCAGCGCAGGGACUGUCCGGGGCGUCGGCUGCCACCCUGCCCUUCCACCUUCAACAACACGUUCUGGCCUCCCAGGGCUUGGCUAUGUCGCCUUUUGGGAGCCUGUUCCCUUACCCCUACACAUACAUGGCUGCUGCAGCUGCGGCUUCCUCAGCGGCCGCCUCCAGCUCCGUGCACCGCCACCCGUUCCUCAACUUGAACAGCAUGCGACCCAGGCUACGUUACAGUCCGUAUUCCAUCCCGGUUCCAGUGCCCGAUAGCAGCAGCUUGCUGGCCACUGCGUUGCCAUCCAUGGCUUCAGCCGCGGGGCCCCUAGACGGCAAGGCAGCCGCCCUGGCGGCCAGCCCGGCCUCGAUGGCCGUGGAUUCGGGUUCGGAACUGAACAGCCGCUCGUCCACGCUGUCCUCCAGCUCAGUGUCCUUGUCGCCUAAACUCUGCUCAGAGAAAGAGGCGGCGACCAGUGAACUGCAGAGCAUCCAGCGGCUGGUCAGUGGCUUGGAAGCCAAGCCGGACAGGUCUUGCAGCGGGUCCCCUUAAAAACAAAACAACAACAACAACAAACCAAAAACCGCUUCCCCCAAAGGUCUCUCCAUUCCAGUUCGGUCAAAUCUGCCAGUGCACUUUGUUGGAUGUAAAAUAAACCACAGACCUUCCACUGGGGUGAUUCCCCAUCCUUCAGUUUUGUCUGGGAAGGAGCACCAGGCUCCCUCCAGAGAAUGCGCUAGAGACCACAGGCCUUGUCUUGCGCUGUGGAGGAAGCAAGCUGCUGUUGCUUUGAGACGCGGGGGUGGGGGUGUGUGUGU